UUCUUUCUCUUCUUUCUUUCUUUCUUUCUUUCUUUCACUCCUUCUCUUCAAUGUCUCCUAGACCUUGAGAGAGACCCCAAAAAGAGUCUUAAAAGGGGAGCUAAGAACGAAUAUCUCUUUUUCUCCUUCUGUUCUUUUCUUUCUUUCUUUUUCUCCUUCUUCUGUUCUUUUCUCUCUCUUCUCUCUUUCUUUCACUCCUUCUCUUCAAUGUCUCCUAGACUUUGAGAGAGAGUCCUAAAAGGGGAGCUAAGAGCGAGUGUCUCUUUCUUCUUCUCCUUCUUCCCUUCUUUUCUCUUCUCUUUCUUUCCCUCCUUCCUUUCAAUGUCUCCUAGACUUUGAGAGAGAGCCCUCAAGGGCGGGCUGAGUCGAGUCUCUUUCUUUUCCUCUUCUCUUUCUUUCCCUCCUUCCCUCCCUCCCCAAUGUCUCCUAGACCCUAAAAGGGGUCUCUCUCUCUCUCUCUCUCUCCUCUCUCUCUCUCUCUCUGGCCUCCCUCCCUCCGUCGGAAGCCAUGGCCUUCUCCCAGCUGGGCUACCAGUACCUCCGCCCCAUCUACCCUCCGUCGGAGCGCCCGGGCGGCGGGGGCGGCCUGGCCAGCGGAGCCCGCCCGGGUCCGGCCGAGCUGAGCCCCUCGGGUCGCCUCUCGGGGGUCCUCUCCUCCAUGUACGCCGCCGCCGGAGCCCCUUACGCCGCCGCCGUGGCUCAAGGCUACGGAGCCUUCCUCCCCUACGCCGCCGCCGCAGAGCUGCCCCUCUUCCACCAGCUGGGCGCUCCGUACGAGCUGAAGGAGAGUCCCGGGGUGCCUUCGGCGUCCUUCUCGCACGCGGGGGCGGCGGCGGGGGCGGCCUUCUUCCCUUACGGCCAGUUCCAGUUCGGGGACCCGUCUCGGCCCAAGAACGCCACCCGGGAGAGCACGGCCACGCUGAAGGCCUGGCUGGGCGAGCACCGCAAGAACCCUUACCCGACCAAGGGCGAGAAGAUCAUGCUGGCCAUCAUCACCAAGAUGACCCUCACCCAGGUCUCCACGUGGUUCGCCAACGCCCGGAGGAGGCUCAAGAAGGAGAACAAGAUGACCUGGGCCCCGAGGAGCCGCACCGACGAGGAGGAAGAGGAGGAGGAAGAAGAGGAGGAGGAAGAGGAGGAAAUCGACUUGGAGAACAUCGACGGGGAGAGCGCCAAAGCGGGACCUUUGCUUUUGGGAGAGGAGGAGGAGGAAGAGGAGGAGGAGGAAGUCAGGCUUCACUUGGGGUCCAGCAAAAGCCCAGGAUCGGAGGUCUCCUCUUCGUUGUCCUCUUCCGACGGGGAGGACUUGCAGAACCACAACGGGAAGAGCUUCCUCCUCAAAGCUAUGGAAGCAACCCAACCGGGGUCGUCUUCUUCUUCCUCCUCUUCAUCUUCUUCUCCUUCAUCGCCUUCGGGGGUUUCUCAGCUUUCUCCUCCCCCGACAGCAGCUCCUCCGAAGCCGAAGAUCUGGUCCUUAGCCGAGACAGCGACCAGUCCGGACAACCCUCGGAAAUCUCCCCAAAUUAACGGAGGAGGAGGAGGAAGGAGCGCUUCCCCGACAGCCUUGCAACUCGGGCACAGACUGGUCUCCUCUUCUUCUUCCUCCUCUUCUUCUUCUUCGUGUCCUUUGGGGAAGUUCGCCAACGCCGCGGCUUGGUGCGGGCGACCCUUCUCCGCCCAGCACCACCACCAUCAUCCCCAUCAUCACUCCCACUCCCAUCAUCCCCACCCGCUGGCUUUGCUGAACGCGCCGCAGCUGCUGGGACUGGCCGCCCUGGGGAGGAGCGCCGAGCAGCAAGCCACAGCAGCACAGCAGCAGGACUCCGGAGGAGGAGGAGAACGAGGAGAACGAGGGCAGGCAGAUCCACCUAGUGUCUUGGAAGUAGAGAAAAAGUUAAUAAAGACAGCUUUCCAACCAGUUCAGAGGCGGCCUCAGAACCAACUUGAUGCAGCUAUGGUUCUUUCUGCGUUGCCAUCAUCAUAGUUGAUUUUUAAAUAUAUAUAUAUAAAGGGAAAAAAACACUGUUCUAAUGAUUGUAAAAUAAAAUCCUCUGUAUAGUUACAACUUGUACGCAUGUCCGUGUAUUAAAAAAGGGAAAAAAAAUGGCAAAAAGACAAGAAAAAAAUUCCUGCUUCCGUACUAUCAUCUGGAUUAGCUGAAUUCGUGAGGUAUUCUUUUUUGGAAGUCCAGUGAGAAAUAGGCGUCUUCGGUUUUCUUUUUUCUUUUUUUGUAUAUAUAGUAAAAACAAAAACAAAAUGUACAUAUGUGUGAACCAAAUUGUACAAGAAAGUAUAUAUUUUUGGCUAAUAAACUGUUGCCCCUUUUUGACUACAA